AAAAUAAAAAAAUAAGUGGACACAGUACUCACAUCACCAAAACCAACAAAUCCAAAAUGAACUACCAAGCGGUAGCGCUCGCUUUCAUGGCGGCAAUUUGCACGUCGACGGUAAUCGACGACGAAAACCUCAUCCCUCCUCGCCGCGAACUUUACGAUAACGGAAGAAUCUUCGAUAUCACUCACAGGUAUCACCCGGACAUGCCAGAGUUUGAAUCUAAAAACGGUAUCGGUCAAUUCCUGUGGCUUCCAAAGAGCAUGAAAAACGGUUCCAUCGCUAAUAACUCUGAAAUGAAACUUCCGGCUCAUACCGGAACUCAUGUUGAUGCACCUGGCCACGUCUACGAUCACUACUUCGAUGCUGGAUUUGAUGUUGAUUCACUCGACUUGCACGUCCUCAAUGGUCCUGCUCUUUUAGUUGAUGUUCCAAGAAAUAGUAAUAUAACUGCUGAAGUUCUGAAGUCAUUAAAUAUCCCCAGGGGUGUAAAGCGUGUACUCUUCCGAACAUUAAAUACCGACAGGCGGCUUAUGUUUCAGAAGGAAUUUGACUCAAACUAUGUGGGGUUCACUGUAGAUGGAGCAAAAUGGCUAGUGGAAAACACCGAUAUCAAACUUGUUGGUAUUGACUACCUAUCUGUUGCUUCUUAUGAUUACUUGAUUCCAUCCCACCUUGUGUUUUUAAAAGACAGGGUAAGAAAAAGAGUCUUUUAUUUCUGAGAAUUUGUGUUUUUUUUU